AUGCGCAUCCCGAUUAGAGAACAGCUCGCUGGCUUGAUCCUGCUGGCCGCUGCCAUCGGCCUUGCUGUUAUAUCCAUAGCGACAUGGGUUCGUCUCUACAAGAUGCAUCUGGACCCUCGACCAUGCACUGACUCGUGUCACAGNUAUACCAACCACAACUUCGUCCUUGAGAUCCGCACGACCAGACUUUCCCUGACCGCAUCGCUCAAAGCAGCUCAGAUCGCAUCCAACCUGGCCCUCAUCCAAAACAGCGUACAGCUUGUCUCGAGUCGAAUUGUCAUGCAGACUGCACUUAAGAGAUACAACCUGCAAGGUAACAACACUGCCGCAAACUGGGACUCUGCUCAAUCAGACUUCAACGCUGCCAUCGCUGCCCCUGCUUCUGGUGCUGUCGGCCAGGCCCUCAUGCUGCAGGGCAAAAUCUUUCCACGCGAUGCCGAUGGUCCUAAUGGUCGCUAUUCGGUCUUGAACGCUACCUCAGAGAACAUCGAAUCCAUUCUUCUUCCCUACAAGGCACCCAACGGAAGUGACGUCUACUUGAGCGACACCGACUAUGGCUACCCUUCGGAACUCUAUCCCAACCUGACUUACUUUUCGGUCCCAAUCAACAGAACCUACAGCGAGGCACGCGCCGUCUACAAUGGCGAGGUGCUAAAGGCUCCCAAUUCCACUCUGCUUUUAGGUCCCUAUGCUAUCAACGCCAGCUUCAGCCUCUUGUCUCUUACCAUGCCUGUUAUCAACAAUACUUCGGCCAUUGAUGUUCUGGGUUGGUUGACUAUUGUCUGCGACGCUCGGUUGAUUGGCAGUGUCAUCGCUUCUGCCGAGGGUCUAGGCACCACUGGUAUGACCCUUGUUGUCGGCCCUGCUAACACCACCAAUCAUUUUCCUGAGGGCUUACUUUAUAACUCUCCCGAAAACGGCACCGUCGACCCGGCUGGUAUUCAAGGACGCUUUAUCUGGCCUCUACCCGAUGAGUUCUCGUACCGCCAUCCUGAAUCCUCGGGCAAUGUCGAUCCUCCAUCGUUCAACAUCACAAGCUACCCAGCUGUCGUCACCGCGCUUACUGAAGACCAGGAUUCGAUAGGUAAUGCGGGCGGUGAUGUCAGCACCCAUGAUGAAGCUGGAAAAGGCGUCUCGGUUGGUUUUGCUAUCCCAAACACCGCGCUCGUUGAUUGGGUUGUGAUAGUCGAACAAGACAAGAGCGAAGUGUGGCAGCCUAUCCGUCAUCUGCGCAAAGUUCUCUUGACAUGCAUUUUUUCCGUUCUAGGCGGCGUGAUUCUCUUCGCUUGGCCGCUUGCUCACUUCGCAAGUGCUCCGAUCAGAAGACUUAGAGAGGCUACCCGCAGAUCUGUACUGCCUAUGGGUUAUUCGGAAAGCAAUUACAGUCGGGAAUCUCAUGACAUGUUCAACAACAACGACGGUGACGGAAGCAACGACGAGCACGCUGAUGCAGUCAUCGCCCGUAAAGAGGGCUUNUUCGCAACCGUGAGCAGUUGGAAUACGAGGAACAAGAAGUCACGGAAAGAACGCAAAGAGGAACAACGAAGGCACCAAUUUCACAUUCCCGGCAAGGUCAAAGAACGCAAGACCUGUAUUCAGGAUGAGCUGACUGAUCUUACGCGGACUUUCAACGAGAUGUCGGACGAGCUUAUGAUGCAGUACGAGCGUCUGGAAGAAAGAGUUAAACAACGCACUGCAGAACUAGAGCUCAGCAAGAAGGCUGCCGAAGCGGCCAAUGAGAGCAAAACGCUCUUCAUCGCUAAUAUCUCACACGAACUCAAGACCCCUUUGAACGGUAUCCUGGGAAUGUGUGCCGUCUGCAUGCAAGAAGAGGAUCCAAUGAAGCUCAAGAGAUCUUUGGGGAUCAUCUACAAGAGCGGUGAUCUUCUUCUCAACCUCCUUACGGAUCUUCUCACCUUCAGCAAGAAUCAGGUUGGCCAGCAGUUGAGUCUCGAUUCUAAGGAGUUCCGGUUACGUGAAGUCAGCUCACAGGUCCUGGCUAUUUUCGACAAACAGGCAAAGGAAGGCCAAAUCACCUUGCGCGUCGACUUUCAGGGUGCCGAAGCAAUGAAUGGAAUAGUCUUCCCUUCGGACGAGGAACGCAAUCAAUACGGCCCAGCUGGUACAGGUCGCGUGAAAGACAUGAUCCUCUGGGGAGAUGUUCAUCGUAUCUUGCAGGUCGUUAUCAACCUCGUUUCGAACAGUCUGAAGUUUACUCCUGCUGGCGGCUCGGUCGUCCUUACUGUGCGUUGUACAGGCGAAGCCGCAGAGGUCAACAGCCGCAAAACCUCUCUUCAGUCUAAGAGCUCGAAGCCCAUAUCUAGCAGGCAUAAGAAUUCUGAUGCUUCGAUUGCUGGACCUUUUGGAGCCAAGAAUUCGGCCACUGCCAACGAAAUCAAUCCCUAUCGCGAACGAUCUGACACAUACGCAAACAUGCUCGUUUCUGAGCGACCAGCUUCUCCGCCCCCUGGGCGAACUCUCAUGUUCGAAUUCGAAGUUACAGACACGGGACCGGGUAUUGCAGAGCACCUCCAGCAACGCAUCUUCGAGCCUUUUGUUCAAGGCGAUCUUGGCCUCAGCAANAAGUUUGGCGGUACCGGUCUAGGUUUGAGUAUCUGCUCUCAGCUAGCCAAACUUAUGAAAGGCACUAUCGAACUAGACAGUGAACUAGGGCAUGGCAGCACUUUCACAAUGCGCAUACCUCUGCGGCACAUUGUGACUAGGUCUGACAGUACCGCGAGCUCGGUUGUUGGUAACAGUAACGAUGUCGGUCUUGGGCUUGAAGGAACUCGUUCGCCACAGCGUAUCAGUCAACUCAUCACUGAUGAUGCGCAGUCGCAUCGAUCAGGUCACUCGCAUAGCAGUACUGGCCAAUCUCCAACAGUCGCUCAGACUCAAGCUCCUAAUGUGCAAAACUACUCACGAGAUGCGCAGCCUCGCCUGGUAGGCCUCAGCCAGCCCUUCUUCUCAUCUCAAGCCAUGGAGUCUCCUGGUUCUCAAGCAGCAGCAAUGGAGAAGAUCACCAAUGAUGUCAAGGAGACCGGCAAGAUCCGUGUGCUCGUUGCUGAGGAUAACAAGGUCAAUCAAGAGGUCGUUCUGAGAAUGCUCAAGCUCGAGGAUAUCUAUGAUGUGACGGUCGCGAAAGAUGGCCAGGAGGCUCUGGACUUUGUUAAAGAAAGCAUGACUGCUCCUGGGCGACAUCCCUACAAUCUCAUCUUCAUGGAUGUCCAGAUGCCCAACCUUGAUGGCCUUCAAUCUACACGACUCAUCCGUGAGAUGGGUUAUGACGCUCCUAUCGUGGCUCUCACUGCAUUUGCGGAGGAGAGUAACGUGAAAGAUUGUCUCGAAUCGGGCAUGAACUACUUCCUCAGCAAGCCUAUUCGAAGACCCGCGCUCAAGAAGGUACUCAAGGAGUACUGCCCACCCAUCAUCGAGGUCGACGAAGACGUCAGCCCUAUGGCAGAGAAGCCUCAACCUAAAGUCAUGACGAAACCCAAACCACAGGUACAAGAAUCACCAGUACGGAAUCAGUCACCUCCGCCGCGACCAAUGUCACCUGCCAUCUCGGUGCAUUCUAUUGGCAACUCGAGAAACAGAACUACAAUCGUGAACCAGAACUCCAGACCGAAUUCGCUUGAUCUCCCUAGUGCCCCUCGACUGUCGGGCGAGAAUUAG